AUGGAGUUACAAGGGCACAGAAGUUCCAAUAAUCCCAAAGCGGUUCUUUCUUCUCUACUGAACAAGAGAGAAAAACUUCAAAACGAGCUCAAAAGUGUCGAGAAGCAGGUAUAUGAGCUGGAAACAAGCUAUCUACAAGAAACCAACACUUUCGGUAAUGCAUUCAAGGGCUUUGAUGGAUUUGUUUCUUCUUCGAAAAACACAGCUAGCAUAAAGAGGUCGAAAAGGUUUCAGCUUGAAGAUAGAGUGUUCUCAUUGUCCUCGGCCACCUCACCAGCGGCAGAGGAGCUAAGAGUUGGCAAAGAAGAUGGAAAGGCAGACACGACUCAAUUUAGGACAAAGGGCGGAGGCUCGGCAAAUGCGGCACAGGGAAAGCCGAAGAAAGGAAGAACGGGGCAAAGGGAAGUGAAAAAAAUCAGGUUCACAAGCAAUUUAGAUCCCGAGGAUGAAGAUGAUCCCGAUUUGAGGUAG